AUGGACACGAAACCAGCCCUCUUGCAGCCUGCUGGCACCUCCCAGACCCUGCGGUCGUCCCUGGAAUCGAUGAAGCGCCGACUAAGUGAGAUCGCUCGUGCUGCCGAACCCCUUGCCGCCAUACGCGAAGAGAUCGAGGAGCGCGUUGAGAAGGCCCAAGACCUCUUACGUGAGGUGCAGCUACGAGUCGAGGAGGGUCGUGUGUCGGUCUUGGUGACUGGCACUAUGAACGCUGGCAAGAGCUCAUUAAUCGACGCACUGAUGGUGUGCCCGAUCGGAGACCAAGCUACGACCGCCAGUAUUCUGACAAUUGAACGUAGCUCUAGCGACUACUUUGAGCUACUAUUACUCAAUCCCGGCGGGCCCCAGCAGGAUCAAGAAACCAUCCUGAGAACCAAGUCGGCAGCUGUAGUGAGUUCCAAGCUAAAAGAGCUGAAUGCAGCCGCACGAGGGGGAGGAGACAAUCAAGCGCCGGAGGCCGACUUCGAGCUGAGACUUCGAGUGCCCGAACAUGUCAUGGCUCACGCAGGUCAGACCGCUCUGGAGAUAGUCGACUCGCCUGGCUCGAACGAAGCUCUGUCGCCUCGUAUCAACGAAAAGUGGGCGGAAGCCAUCGCGCACAGCGACAUCGUGGUGUUGGUGGUCGCCUACUCUCAGCUCGAGACCAAGGACGUCGCGGACUUCUGGACGAGGUACGCCCGAGAAUUACCAAGCCAGGCGUCAUCGCGCAACCUCCUCGUGUUCGUGAACAAGUACGACCAGGCCGAUUCAAGCAACGAAUUCGCCGAAGAGGGCGAGAAAACUGACGCUAUUCGUCGCCGGUGUGCGCAACUCGUGCAGGAUUCGACUGAUGGCAAGGUCAAUUUGCUGGUAGAUCAAGUAUUUGUGGGGUCAGCGCGAGACGCUUUGCUGUCCCAGCUCGCGACGAGCAUCGACGUCGAACUUCCAAACGAAGUCUUUCAACAAGAGUAUGGAGAGAUUAGCGCGUUGACAGGUCGAGUCUUCGGGAGACGACGAGAACCUCCGCCGGCUUCUGCAAGAGCGUUGAAACAACUGGUGAACUGGCACGACGUUCUUGACGAUAGCAGAAUGGACGCGUUUGUAUCUUGCUUCGGAGCCAAGGCUCGUUCUGCGGAGGUCGCGCACGUGUACAAGCUCGUCGCUGCUGUUGAUGCGGCCGCUUUGGCGAUACGAGCAUCGAAUUCUACUCAAGUUUACCACUUUCAACAGGAGAUAACCAAGCUGCGGGCUGAAGAGGAGGAGCUAUCUUCGAUGGAGAAGAGGGUCGAGGAUUAUUUUACUGCCGGCGUCGAGCCUGACGAUACCGUGGCAGAAGAUGAAAGCCGGCGAUUACUUGUGGAGUGGGUCUCAGAGACGGACGAUGCCGUAGUGGACGCACUCGACUCAGUGUCGAGCCAAAUGCCGCUUUUACUCAAUGCCACGGAUAAGGAGCUUCCCGUACGCACAAUAGCGCGUUUUGAACAGUCUGCACGGGAAGCGAUACGCCUAAGCGCAGAGAGUUACAAGCCCAGCAUCGUUGGAAUGACUGAGGCCCGAUGGCUAGGAGUUGGUAGCUGCAACGACGACGUCCUGCGGUUGCUUGCAGGUACGAAAGGAUCAUUUUCAAUGGAGGUGGGUCGAUCUCCAGUUGCCACGGCAUCCACGAUUGAUGCAACGCUGACGGAGCUGACCGAAUUCAUGAUGAACGCUGCCCGGGUUGACAUGGAGGAAGCUACAGCGCAACUGAUGCCCACAGCACGCACGGAAUACGACUCUGGCGCCAUGUACAGAUCGGAAAUCGACUUCGCUCGCCCCCUUAACAGACGUCGCCUCAAUGGUGACUUCUACCACGACAGUGACAGUGGUCAUAUCAAGCUGGGGCCUGCAGCGAACCCCUUUAUGGCAACAUUCCAAGUUGACGGACGAUUUAAAGGCCACACUUUCGUGCUAGAGCUGAGUCACCUCGCUAGUGACGGCGGGCCAGCGAGUCGAGCUCCCGUGACGGUGCUCGUCAAUGGCCACGUGGUCCGCGAGAACUUUUGCCCACGCGCCGAGCACGGAAGCCAGGACGACCAUAUCGGACUCUGGGACUACGUGCUCGAUCGGUGGCACCUCGACCCGUUGAUGGUGCAGAGCGGAGAGAAUCAUGUGCAGAUUCGGUACUGCGAGGGAGGCACCACCCUCUAUUGGCUUCGCAGUAUCUGCUUGCAGUGCGAAGUGCCACCAAGCUCAACCACGGUGAUCGACACGUCAAACGUCAAGGAUUUGGUGCAAACCUCCAUUCUUUCGCGUCUUCGAGAAGGUCUUGACACAGGAGAAGGGGUGUUGACCCGCGCGCAGCACGAGUUAUCGUCGCCACGCUCACCGCUUGAGGCGAUUCGGAGUCACUACAACCGCGCGCUCAUUGCUGUCAAGGAAGACAAAAGUCAAAGCUGGAAAAUCAACAGCGAGCGCUUGCAACGGUUCUAUCGUCCUGCGAGGAGCUAUCUACAACCUGCCAGGCACUAG